AGUAUAAUGCUGGAAUGGCUUCUAAAAUCGGACUAAGCAUAUGUUGAUUCCAAAAUUUCAAAAUUGUAAAAUCUGACAAGCUUUUUUGUUCGUUUUAUAAAUCUGGAUUUAUCUGACAUCACUUUCGUUCUUUCCCAUAUACACUCCGGUCCGGUCAAUCGACCUUCAUGUUUUCGACUUGAAGGGUGAUGAAAUGGUUGUAGAACAGUAGAACAAACAUAUAAAAGAAAAACGUUGAAAUAUUAGUUUGAAUAAAAGUGUGAUAAGUAUACAGGUGUUGUCCUUUUCAAUGGUGUCUCAGUGUAUAUUUUGGAAUGAACACUGCUAGGCCUCGUUUAGUGUCUACUUCUAUCCGAAAAGUACAGCUUUUGUCGCCAUCUAAACGUGUUAAAAGUAGCAGUAGUAGUAAGGAAGAAGAGCAGUCAUCUCCGCCGCCGUCGAUGACAACGACGACGACGACGACGGAAGAUAUGGCAGAGGCGACUGGUUUAGAAAAAAACGAAGAUGCUUCAGGAGAUAUUGUCGAUCAGCCACCAACCAAAUUCACAGAAGCUGAUCUGCAAGCUAUCAAACUAACCAGUGACACACUGAAGCGCAAUCCAAAGAUGGAUUUCAGUAAAACCGAUCUACUAAAGCUUCUUAGCUAUCUGGAGGGAGAGCUACAAGCCCGAGACGUAGUCAUUGCUGUGUUGAAGACGGAAAAGGUUAAACAAUUACUGAGUACACCACGAUAUAGCAAAUCCACCAAUUUAAAUGAUCCCCAUGCUGCCCUCUAUCGGGAUAAUCUUGCUUCAAGUGGAAACAUCGCCAGUCGACAGUCUUCAAUCCAAGCAGCUUAUUCCGAACACGAAAUGCGACUGCUGAACGAUCAGAGAAUAGGUGUUAAGGAGCAAAUGGACUCGCUAGCCGCACUGGUUAUGCAGCAGCGUCAGACGCAGGCCAAAAUGGUCGAAGUGCUCAAGGACGCCGAAGAGCGCUAUAAACACGUCGUUCAGGAACUGGAAGAAGAACGUCGAAAACACGAGCAUACCACCGCUCAAGGUGAUGAUAUCACGUACGGAUUGGAAAUUGAACGAUCAAGGCUGAAACAGGAAUUGGACCACGAGAAGGAACAGCGGAAAGUAAUGGAAUUAGAGGUGAAAAAAAUUGAGGAGCAGUUCGAGGCGGAGAAAAACCGUCAAAAACAAAUUGUGCUGCUGUUGCUGGCAGAGCGUAAAAAGAUUAUAAUCAAGUACAUUGAAGAACGUAAGCGCAGUGAGGACCUGGCACAGAUUCUGUCGGAGGAAAAAAUGCGGGUUGAUACUAUUGCAGAAGGGCUAGAGGAGGAAAGCAAAAAGUCACUGCGGAUGGAAGCAGAACUGGAAACCCAAGCUCAUCAGUUCGACAUGGAGCGAAAAAUAUUGCAUCAAAGUUUAGCUAAGGAAGAGAAAAGGAUCAAAGAACAAGAUUUAGAAAUACAGCAGCUGAAGGCCGAAUUGGAGCUACUGCGUAAACAGAUGGGCAUUCGACAUCCAAUCAUUGCUCCGCAACUUCCAACCAAGCCUGGUGGGUUGAUGCCGUCUCGACCCUCGAUCGGAGGAGUAGCACCAGACAUAGACAGCGUAGCAUCGUCCAUCUCUUCCGCUUCCGCCGCAGCUGGUUCUGCGGUAGCCCCUGGUGCUUGCUCUUCCGCUGCCGCCUCCGCCGCAGGUAUUGGGAUGCUGCCACCUGGUGCAAUGAUCAGUAGUGUGGCCACGAAGGUGGUCCAACCUACCGCAACCGUAUCUAGCGUUCCAGUUUCCGGACCAACGACUGGAAUAGCACGUUCGGUGUCUCCGGGUCAGUUGAUACGCCAAACAGCGAUUUCGCAGCUCUCGGUGACAUCGCCUCCAAUUGGAUCGGGGCCAGUUUCGAACUCAGCACCGACACCACUACCGGUACCCGAUCCAUACGCCUUCACGUCCACGGCCAAGAUGGCAACAGUCAGAAAAGCAUCGCCAUCACCAGCUGGAAGCCCUGCCGGGAUCGGAUUUCCGUCGCCAGGUAUUGGAUCAACGGCGGCACCCCUCAAGAAGACAAUAAUUCCACCGGUAGGAGGACGCGGAGUGCCGCCUCCUAUUCCACCCAAUAAACCGCAGAUUCCACCGAAACUUUCGUCGACGUCGGCUGCGGCAGCCGUAGCUGCUGCGGCCGUCUCAUCUCGUAUACCAUUUUUGAAUAAUAGCAAUCACAGCAGCAGCAACAGCAACAACAUUAGUAACACUUUAGCCAAUAGCAAUACCAGUUUCGGUUCAUCGAUACCAUCGCCGUCGUCGGUGUCUUCUCCACUAUCGUCAUCAUCUACAUCAUCAUCGUCAUCUUCAUGCUCAUCCUCUACCAAUAGCGCUAGCAAUAUUUUCGUCGCGCCUCCCGGGCUCAACAGUGGAACGGUACCGCCCACAAAUAAUCUUAUCGCAUCUUCAACAGUUGCCAACAAUGCCACUGCUGGAACAGCAACAGCAGCAAUCAACUCCUCAGCCUCAGCAGCUGCCGCCGCCACCGUCGCUGCAGCUUCAAAGGCUGUCGCCGUCUCAGUCGCCGCCACAACAGCAUCACAAAAUUCUGCGGCGUCAGCCGCAUCUGCAUUCGUUUCAACCGCAGCAGAAAUACUGACAAACAUCGGUUGCGAAGGUGGGAUAGUGUAAAUCCACUAUUAUUUGGUCCUCACUAGCGCUAGGUCCAUCAUAACCAUCACUACCAAUUCUCGAAUGAAAGUUACACUACUAAAACAUACAGAUUCACAAUUCACGCAACAUAGGCGCUUCUAUUUCAAAAGUUCAGAACUAUUCCGACGGACUUGUUUUAUUCGGUAGUUAUUGCCCUUGCAUGCAAAAUAGUUUCCAAGUUGUGCUAAUAAAUGUCAGGCGAUCGAUAGGAAUUGAUCUACGAUUAAAACUGAGAUGUACAGUGACAAAACAAAAUAAAAAUGUAUAAAUAUUAGAGAACCAAUAAUGUUUAGUAGAAGCGCGUGUGUUAGUAAAAAGCGGCUCAUACACCUUCAGUUUUCCGGACAGUUCAAAUGAACCUUGGACGGAAUGAAAAACUGAACGAUUAUCUGAACUGAGGAUGUGUGGCGUCAGGUCAGUUAUGCGUUUGGUCUUCAUGUCAGUUUCAUUAGUUUUUUCAUGGAUGCACAUUAUUCUGAUGGAUGAAAAAUGACAGACUGAACGAUUAACUGAAGAACUGAUCAGUCAAUCGGAUGAAACUGAGCUCAAGAGCUUCAGUAAGAAAACCGGACGUUUGGCCGGAUGAACUCUUCAGUCACUUCAGUUAGUCAUUCAGUUCAUGAGAAACUGUCCGGAAAACAGCGUGUAUGGGCCGCUAUAGAAAUAGCACUCAUAUUCGUCCAUAGAAGAACCACACGUACGUUUAUCAUCACAAGAUUUCAUUUCGAACUCAACAUCACCAGCUUUGGUUGCAUCCUCGCAAUGUCAUCACAUAACCUAACACAACAAGUUACGCGAAUUUGCUCCGGAAAACAAGACCACUGUCGUAGUAAGAGCAGGAUACUGACUCCAACGUAAUGCAAGACAAAAAGCACAAUGAGUGCAAUAAGGUUGAUGAGCUACAGCAGCUUUUCGAUGAGGCUACGUCGAUCGGAGUUUUAUAUUUUUGAAAUUUUAACUGACUUUCAAACAGCUGAAUGUUCGGUAGAGUUGCAGAGAACAUCAAUAUGUCAUAAUUAUAUUGACCUGUUCAUCAUUCAAUACCGACAUUCCGUAAACCUUACAAAUGAUUCAUAAAUAUAAUAGCGUCGUAAGCUGUGAAAUAUUACUGAUUUUUGAACAAAUUCUACUAAAAAAUUAUUCAUGAGUGCUGGAAAUAGUUUAGACAUAUUUUCCAGUUAUGAAUAAUACUAAAAAUAGCAGCGACUUAUGUACUUUCUGCGAUCAUUGUCAGCGUUUUGGUUCCAGGGAAUUUUGAAAUAACUUGCAAUUUUUCCGGAGUGCUGAAAUCAAAACCACAUUGCAUGCUAAAAUUUUCUUAUUUUCGCUACCGAAAACUUGUCUAUUUGACAGCUCAUUUUCUUGCCGAAGCUUUCGGCAAUCUUUCGAUUGAUUCAUUUUUUUUUUCAAUUGAUUCACUGAAAAUUAGUAAUACUCUUACUGAAUCGGAAAAAUGAAACAUUUCAAACUUUACAAACCAUGUCAGUAAAAUAAAAAAAGGAAUGCUCUGUAGUAUAUUUACAGGAUUAGGUGAAAUUCAAUAGUUCGUUGACAGAUGAAACUUGGAUACCGUGUUGAAAAAAAUCUUUUAUUUACAUUCGAUGAAUGAACUGAUCCAAAUUUUUUUUUCGUUCCGUAGUUUUCGGAGUGCUGCUCUGACAAACCAUGCGUCAUGAAUCGGAACAAAUGGUAAUUGAAUGGAACAAUGUUCGGUGAAUGUGACGUAAACUUCCCUUUUCAGCGUUGCUAAAUAAAUUUUAAUUGUCUUCUGUAUACGACCCCAGCUCAUAAUAAAUAACGUCCAGUUGAUCCCGCCAAAAGCACUUUCUUGGUUGGCGUUCCUCGUCUUCCUAGUCAAAAUUUUCAGGCAAACCACCUAUACUUCAACUAAAAUACGGUGACUUUCCGCGGUACUUUUCUUCAUGUUGAAGUAAUGAAGUAACACUUCCCGCAAAAAACGACUUACUAUUUGUAAUUUGUUUUGCUGGUAUUGAUCGUGAGUCUAAUCCUCGUUAUCUAUCUUUUUUAAAAACGCGUCGGUCAAUCUGGAUAAUAUCGAUAGCCCAGGAUCAUAAGUGGUCGAGUGGUUUGAGAGUGCGUCACCCUGAUUAAAGCCAUCUAAGGUUACGAAGGAUGUCGAAAUCUUAUCCGCAACCCUCACACUUGAUUUCGAACCGUCCAGUGUUACACGAAGAACAGUGUUCUAGCCAGUGUUGGUGAUUGCCGAAAAUUUGACAGAAGCUGCUAUAUUGAUAUCUAUAUUGUAUACAAUAUUUUCGAUCCGGUAGAAGAUGCUACAAGAACUCGAGUCUCUCAAUGCAUGAACCGUGAGAGAAUUUUGCUACAUUUCUUCGCUCCACUUCAUACUCUGAGUGUUUCACGCCCUUAAAAAAUUUACAGUCUGAUAAUGAUCGGUGCUGUGGGGAAUUUCCCAAGAGGGAAUCGCAAGUUUACAAUUAUCGCAGAAAAUCGAAUCGAUUAUUCAACUUGAUGAUUCUCAUACUAGGUUGCAAUUUCAAAACCCUUGUGUGGAGCAUUCACAGACAUUUUCAUAUACACAACUUAUACAAAGGUUAUAUGCACAUAGUUAGAAUAAGCGGCAAUAGUAAAAUGAUUCUAUCGCAAUUGUCAACUGCCUGUAUAGAAUCGGAUCGCGAAACGAGAAUAAGCGACCGUUUGUUACUUCAGAGAGGAUCCCCACAGCAGCGUGCUAACCUUUGAUUCUCAGAAAUGUCAUCGAGAGAAAUUCGCUCUCGCACUGGUGUCGAUUCUAUGUUGAAUGAGCCAUGCCGGGUUUUUGUUGUUGCGAUGAUAUCCGUCUCCCUUUGAUGGCACUGAUUCAAUCGUGUGAAGAGUUGCCAGUGAGCGUUUUUUGAUACGAUAAACGUCAUCCUUGGUUCUAGAAUUAUUUGUCAAUUCAUUUCGUUUAUAUAAAUCGUAUGCUGUCUUAAAAUCCACAAAUGAGGUAUCUGCAAAUUGUUCUCCAGGAAUUAAUUGAGAAUUUCGGUAAGAAUGCGAUUCGUCGUUGAUCGGCUUCCGCGAAAUCUGGUAUGUUGAACAAAAUACGGGACAUGAAGUUGUACAUGUCAUUGAGGUAUUCGUAAAGCUACUCACUGUCGUUUUUGAUAAGUUCAGUCGGGAACUGAUCCUUCGUAUUCUUCUUUGUGUUUCUGGUUGACGUCUUCAGUGCGACUUCCUUAUAUUAUUCAAACCCGUCUCGAAUAACGUUGAACCUUUCACAACACAAAAGAGAGAAGGGUGAAAAUGAGUAAGCGGUAAUCGUGGAGAACUCGAUUCUACCAAUACAUAACAUCGGCUUCGUUCGCUCCCGAACAUACGAACAAGUCCGAAUACGAGAGCGAUAAUCGAACAAAGGCGAAGGAAAGCGAACGAUGAUCGUUGACGUUCAUUGCACUUUCGAUUUUCGUGCAACAUUGUUUAGAAUGACACCGAUUGAUGGCACCGCACUUUAGGCUAUAUUUUCAGUUAAUUUUCGUUUGGAAUUUAAAGGACUUUCUUUCCACUGGACUAACCAGUGUGAGGCUCGUUGUUCCGCAACACCAUGUCACCAAAAUACUUGAAUUUUAACCGCAAUAAACCGAUUCGAUGUGCUCACCCGUUGGGUGUUUCAUCAGAAUCGAACUAAUAUUACUUUACAUCAAAGAGUAAAAAUCAGGCAAAGUUUACUGUAAUUUUAUGAAAUAUGACAAUAUUUCAUUUUCCAAAUAUAAUAAUGGAAAUAGAUGUUCAAUUUUCAAAAAAAUUCAUUUGCUGUAGAAAUGCAAAUACCCGGCAGAUUAAGUGUAGUUUAAUAUUUUUCAGUUCCAUUCACAGCAAAAAAGGCGGGUCCAGAAUGAUCUUGUGAUAUUUAUUGCUGCUGGACAGAAAUUUGUGUCAGAUGUGUUCUCUUGUAUCUAACGGCAUCGAGUUCAGUUUAGUUUCUUGCAAUUACUAUGACAAAUGGCAUACUUUUUUCCAUUGUGUUGUUCGUGCUUGGUAUAUUCGCUGAUUGAUUAUUAUUUGAUCAAAAUUGUAGUUUUGUUUUGGUGGUGGCUCUUGCUUCUUAGAACUUUGAGAAAACCCAAUUAUUACAUUUGAUCGUUUUCUGUUCUAUGAUUUAGUGAUAUUAUUAAACAAAUUUGAUUAUUAUAUGUUCGUGACACCUGUUAGCAUUUUACAAGUACUUAGCUAUUUUUUAGAACUUUCGGCCAUGGAUCGAAAUUUAUACGAAAUGCUGUUGAAACGGAUGUAGACUACAAUUUUGUUUGCAGUUGUAAGUAAUAGUCGUCAUUGGUAGAGCCUGCUUUUGGUGUAUUUGUGCACUGGUUUUCUACAAAUUAGUUAGCGAGAGCUUCCGAUCCAUUCUCGCUGCAUUCCAACGUUUUUUUACUCUCGUCCUGUCGGUUGUCGGUUUUUUUGGGGACUAAGGAUGUUGAAAAUUACUCUCGAAUGGAACAGUGCAGAAUUUGUCGAAUGCGAAUGGCGCUGGCACUUUUAUUAUGCCAUUUCACACAUUCUCAUCAUUUCAACUCAUCAAUUCUUGUUUCAUAAUAGAUGCAGGAAGUGUUUACUGAUCCUGCUAUCGAUUAGGGUUUUAUUUUAUCAGUUUUCAUAGUUAUCAAACAAGCGUAGCAAAACAAGCAAUUCAUGUAAGCUAUUUGCACCCGUCUUUACUGCGUUUUUUCGGUUUUACGAUACAAGUAGUCAUUCGAGGAAAUUAGUGGAUCAUUAUUGCUAUUUUUGAAUUAUCGUGGUGUUAAAAUAAGGUGAUAACUAGAUAACCAGAUGUAAAACAAUACUAUACUAUGAAAACAUUGUUAUUAAAAAUCAAAUACACAUAGAUAUGCUUAUACGCUUAAAAUAAAACCAGAAAAUCACGAAUGAUGUAAAGGUGAAAGACAUUAAAAAAUCUCAUUAUUGUGUGAAAAUUUACAAACUCCUGAAAGUAAUAGUACUGAACCGAUUGAUUAAAUUGAUACUAACCUUAGUCCGGUCUAGAAACACCACAGACUGGUGUUGACUAUUGUUUUCGAGCUGUUGUGUUUUUUUUCACUAUCGAGUACUGUGAAUGUGAAACAUUUGUAGGCGGAACUCGCAACUGUCUCGUUGAUAAAAAUAUGAGCAAGCAUAAUAUAACUUAGUGGUAGGACGUUAAUCGAAUCAGGCGUUUGAGAGUUCAUGAUUGAUCGGAAUCAGAGACAUGUUCACCACCAGUGUGUGCACGAAAUAAGUGUAGGUAAGAAAGUUCGAUAUUCAUUCACCUUAGUAGAACAGCUGUGAUUGAUUUUAGUAUGAAUUCAUAACAAAUAGUAGAAGGAAUGGAAGCCAAUGAAUCAUUUAUUUUCAAUUGUCUGCGCCUCUUAAUGCCUUAUUCAAUCAUUUUAUGUUAAAUACAGUAAAAUUUCAGAUCAAUUCUUAUUUUGCUUCUAACUGUAAUUAUUAGUCACGUUUAAUCAUAAGAUAUUUAGAUGAUACACGAUUGUCAUAUAGACGGGCUACGUGGGUUUUGGACUUUCGAAGCAUGGCUCAUAAACAAUACGCAGGAAGUUAAUCACAUCGUCUCUAUGUUCAUGCAAUGAACCAAAAUUUCGUAUCGUUUGAAUAUUGCUUUUGACUCGGAAAUUAUUUUUUUACAUUAGCACUUCCGGGGACUUUGGAUCAGAUGUUGAUAUUUUUAAACAUGAGAAAAAGAAUAAGAAAUACGAAAAGCAGUUCCUUAAUUUUUUUGUCUUUUAUUUUUACUGGACCCUUAAAAUGCUUCCAACAUCGUACGUUUUUGUUUAUAAAACGCUGCGAUUAAUGAAGUUCAACAUUACCAGCAGACGAAAUAUUACCAAUACAAUAAGUAGUAGUAAAAUUUGUUUAAUCUUCCUAAACGUUCAAACGUUCUUCAGUUCUUGUCAUACAAAUUUAAUCGUUAACAGCAGUAAUUCUGACAUUUUUUAUCAAAUGCUGAUUUUCUUCAAACUGAAAUCCGCACAAUUCACCACUCUAAGUCUCUUUUUAGGUUCGAUAUUUCUUGAACGUCGCUUUGAGGUACAUCCAUUUUAUGUGUUUUACUUGAUAUCCCUCUCCAAUGUUAUAGCGGAAGAUAGGGUGAUGCAAUCGCUUCUAUUUAUUGUUUUGAUAGCAAAUGUUCAACUUCCGACAUUGAUAAAAAGUACUGAUGGUGGGGAAAUUUAUUAAAUUCUUUAACAUACCAAAAAUGUUGGUAAAAUUUUUUUAACUGUAAACGCAACAACACAAUUCUUUCUCCAUGUCAUCAGAAAUAUGAUCAUGAAUUUUAAUCAAUUUAAAACAUUGUGAGAUAACUAUGAAUAAUGCAAAAGUUAAAUUUCCUCAAAUUCUUGGAAACAACGUAGGGGCUGAGGUUCACUAGGAGAUUGAUAGUACCUAUUAUCUUUCUCUGGACAGUACCAGCCUAGAAGCCGUGUGGAAUCCUUCGAAAAAAACAUGAGCCAAGAAUAGAUCCACUGGUUUCCAUGUCGUAAAAGGCGACAAUUGCAGGAUUUUCAUUUACUUUCAAUUAUCAGAUAUUUUCAAAGUUUCACUUCUGAUUACUCUAUUUUAGAAAAUGAUCUCUUCAUUCAACUCCAUUUAACUUAUCAAUUUCCAAUUAGCUUCGGAAAAAAGUUUUAUUUAGUAUGUUUGCUUCUCAUCUCAACAAUUGCCCAAAUCCAUUAAUAUUACAAAGUAACAUAAUAACAGAGAUGACAUAUAUCGGUAUAUUGAAUAAAUAGAAAAAAAUACUUGUUUGUUUGAUAAAUUAAUAAUAUUCUCCCCGGUAGCUGGCUGCCCAGAUCAAUCCUGACCUAUGAUUAAUUUUGAUAAAUAAUUCAAAUAACAAACAAUCAAAACACGCGUAAAAUCUGUUGACCCUUGUUUGGUGAUUUAAAAAGAUUUUAUAAAUUUUUUUUAGAAUAUGUCACUACAAUGAAUCAACUAUUUUGUCUAAAUCCUAUUCACUCGUUUAUUUUGUAGCAGGUAAUUCCAUUUAGAAAAAAGGAAAGUUUUCAUUCGUUACGCGAUAGUAUUUAAAAUUAUCCUUCAGUUUUCACGAAUCAGAACUGUGAAUCAAGACUUCCCGCGACUUCAGUGUCGGAUAUUGUUGAAACGUUCACUCGGGAAGUCAGUGAGUUCAGUGGUGCAUCCGAGCAUCUUGAAAUCGGAAAAUACUAGGUCGCACGCGAAUACUACCAUUACUGAAAUUUAUACUACCAAAUAUCCUUCUCCCGUCACACUUGUGGAGUGCGCAGUAGUAUAUACGGCCUCUAGUAACAACAAGUGUUGGACCAACAUUCCUUUCCAUUCCUUAGACGAUCUACGUUCGGGCCUGGCUGGCGCGCGUAUGGGAAGGUGGGGCAAUACUGCCAGAGGGGCAAGUGUGCCACCCCCGCAAUUUUCACAUAGAAUGAGCAUUUAUCAUAAAUAUAAACAUUUGGGUUUGUUUAUUGAAUAUCGACGGUGUAAUUUCAUAUUGCUUCGAGAAAUCCAAACAAACCAGAUCUUGUAAUUAGCAUACAUAUAAUAUAAGAACGAGAUCUUACAAAAUAAGAGUUUUUCAAUUAUUCUCCAUUUGCUAGGGUUUCAUUUUAAUGUCAAAUCAUUGGUAUACCUUUUAGUUGAAUAUUUGUUAAAAAUUGAAUAUCUAUAAUUGCUUUAUUAGUAACGUAGUAGCAUGAUUUUGCAAUCGCUUCAUAACGGGGCAAGUUCGCCAUAUUGCUAUGGAGCAGAUAUGCCAUAACAGAGGAUGAACAAACCUAACCUCAAAGUCGAUCAGUGUUGAAGCAUUCAAUGUAAACAAACAACUAAAAGCAGAUUGUGAACGAUGAUAUGGACAUACAAGAGGCUUUCUUCGCGUAAAAAGUGGUCAAACAAGCAUGCUUUCUGUAAUCCAGUCAGUCAGCCACCACCGCCCUCAACAAUUCGAAAGGCGCAUAAAGAAUUCGACAUGCCGCGGAAAACUUUAGAGAAGUAAAUGAUGAUGAUUUUUUAAAUACAUGUAAUAUCUAAAAUAAAGGUGAAUAUUAUGGAUUGUAUUAAGGAAAGCAGUACAGUAGAGAAAAUCAAAUUAAAUUACGAAGAAAAUGUAAUUAUUGUAAGGGUGGCGGUUUUGUCCCACAUAGAGGGCACUUAUGCUUCGCACUAAAAUAUUAUGCUGCUCAACAAGCCUCCGAAAAUUGCAUGUAUUGAUUACCGAAUUGUUUUGUUCAUCAAUAAUGUUUUUUGAGCUAUCGAGGGUACUGCUGAAAGUACUUCAUAGACAUAUCAAUUAUCAAAAUCAAGCGUUAAUUUAUUAUAGAAACAAGAGAAUUCAUAGCAUGGCACACUUGCCCCACCAUCCCUUACAUCAAAGGAUGAUUUAUCAUUCUCCUGUGAUUCACCAGAAAUUCCCUGUACAAUUUCAGCUAAUCCCGAUCAGUAACGGAGUAACAACCAGGGGUGGUCGAUCAAAUUCAAAUUCUCGGAAACAAUAAGGAAAGCUCAUAAUGCUUGCUUGCUUUCUCGUACCCGCGACGACGAUUUUGAACGCUCAUAGGUACAUAUCAGUCACGCCUUAUAACUGGACGAGUAGAAAAAAUAAAACAAUUAAAAUCGAUCAUAUCGUUUUUGUGCUUUACACGGAAUUGGGGAUCAUAAUAAGGACCUUCCACCAACAUCAGCAACAAUAGACUUUUUGCGUGGUAUAAAGCCUUAAACGCUCAGUUCGCGUUUUAAUUUGUUCUUCGGAUGUCGUGUUGAACAGUUCUCAACUAGCAGCAGCAACAACAUAUCAGUUAUCGCGUUCAGUUUCUAAAUACUGGAUCUGAUACAGGGCAUUGAACUUUGGAUUGGAUUCUGGAACAAAAUCCUAAAUCUGAAUUCUUAACCUGGAUUCGGGUCCACCUGAAUACUGAACUUAACUUGAUUUAAUUACAGAAUUCAGCUUUAAAAUUCAGUUCCAGAUUACAGCUUCAGAAAUCAAAACUAACGGGUGUUUUUUUAGGAGAUUUGUUUUUUAAUAGGGAUUACUCUUUUGUCUAAAGUUGUUUUGACAGUAUAAAACGACGUCUCUAUUCUGUAUUGUUUGACGAAAUUGUCAUGAAUAGGUUGAUAAUCAAUCAAUUGUCACGGAAAGGUUAACAAUCGACUUAUUGAAAGAACGUUUCAACUACAUUAUUCCGAAAAAUGUACCGGUGACACACGUUCGUGUGAUUUGACGCCACACGAUUAGUUUUAAUGUGGGAAGUACGUGAAGUCUUUGGUUUAUGUGGAUAAACCAGCGACAAUUGAAGCUUUGGAAACCAAUAUUCAACAUGUCAUUGCGGUAAUACCUAUGCCCUCAAAUGCUUGAAAAGGUGAUUCAAAAUUAGACCUCCAGAAUGGUCUUUGUGAAAACUAGUCGUGGCGGCUAUUGGCUAUUUCAUUAUUUGGCAUGUGUUUUAUUUAAAUUUCAAAUCAGCUCUUAAAAAAUACCCUUUAUGACUCAGAAACUGAAGCCUUAUUCUGGCUUGACUACAUUUUGUAAUUUACUUCAUAUUUAAAAUUUAAAUCUAGAAUUCUGAUUUGGGAUUUCAACUUUAGUAUUAUGGAACAAAAUUCAGGAUUUGAAUUUUAGAACUGAAUUCUGGAACUAAAUGUUAGAUAUGAACUCCGAGCCUGAAUUUAAUUCCUGAAUUCAAUUUAAGAAUAUAACUCCUGAAUUUAGUUUCAGAAUUCAUUUACAAAAUAUAAGACCUUCAUGGUCCAGAUUCAAAACAUGGGCUUUGACACCUAAUUUAGAUUCUUUAUUCAGAUUCGGAACUCCAGUUCAGAAUGCAGUUCUAGUACUAGAAAGAAGUUCAGUUUCAUAAUUCUGGAUCUUAGUAAUUCAGUUUCUGAAUACUGGUCCAGAAUUUUGGUUCUAGUUUAGAUAAAUAAAGGAUAACAACAAGUAUAUAAUAGUUAUAAUUUUUCUGACCCGAAGAGCCAAAUGAGUGGUUAGAGAACCUCUAUGAUAGCAACAAAAAUGCCCGAAGCUAAUUUAGGUCGUUCCUUGUACAUAUUCAAGUAUCAAUAUCUCUAAAAAGUGGAAAUAUGUGGAACCAAUUUCAACAAAGUUUGAAAGUAUGACCAAACACUAUUAGUAAAAUUAGUAGUCACAACUUAAAUUCGCAUAGUUUUGGCAUCAUUCGUUUUAUUUAUUUCGCCUUUAUAUACGAAUGCGUGAACCUUGGCAGAAUCUCAGAAUUAACUGUUUUUUGCAUAUUAAUCCAUACUUUCUCCAUUUCUUCUGCAUUCUGCACUACUUUAGGCUGUUUUAGAAGGUGCUUUUCAUAAUGGCCAGUAUUUUUCUAUUGGAAGCAGUUCCGGAGUGUGUGGAGAGUUCAGAUCUUUCGUUACCAAAUUGGCGUCGUCCGCCUGCCAGAAUGGUGGAUGUGCUUAAUGUAGUGUAGCUUUUGGAUGUAUUCCUCCAACUAUCCAUUAUUGUUUCUUGUGAUGACGAAAGAUGCACUUCGCUUUCCGCGAGUACAAAUCGCUUGCCAAAUAAUAACUUCUUGUCGAAUUUCGACAUCUACAUCGACAUCGGAGUUUUUCACACUUAUCCUUGGUUUUCACAUAGUUUAGGUAGUUUCGUGGAAUCGGGAACGCCUUCACACAUGUCUCGUCAUCCAUUACGCAGAGCAGUUUGGUUUCGUUAAUUACUGGUCGUACAAUUUCCGGGCCCGAUUCUCUGCGACCGUAUUCUGUUUCUCUUCCCGAUUUGGGGUCCACUGAACCUUAAACGUACGUAGUCUAGCACGAGUUUUGGUAUCUGCAUUCAGUUUUUGUUGGAAGGCCCCAACCACGCUUUUGUGAUCGCUCUCAUUGAUGACUUUGGAGCUCUCAACGUGAAAGCUCGUUGAUUCGCGUACAGUGCGUUAGAAAUUCCAGUAAUUCGCCAAAAAGAAAGAUUUUUCGUGCUGAAGUGGCUCGGUGGUGCGACGCCGCGAGAUAUCAUCGGUAGUCAAACACAAUAAAGUCCAUGUGACUAUAAACGAAUCCUCUGGAUGUAUGGUCAUUGUAACCUUUCCAAUGAAACAAAGAAAUAAGAAGAAGAAUACUCUCGUGCAAAACGUUUUGUGCAAGCACUGCUCUUUCGUCACUAUUUUUUAAACUUUUGAAAACCUGAUGUAGUUAACUCACAAAGUUUAAACAAUAUACAUUAAACUAUGUCUACACAAAAUUUCAAUCAAUUUUACAUUUUUUUUUGCUUUGCAUGCAGUAAACCCAUACAACAAGUAUUGAAAUACUGGUAGAAGUUUUGCCUCUAACUGAUCGUUGAUCACAAAGAAUGCUCUCCUCGCGACCUCUCGUACGAUGGAUGUUAUUGGAUACAUUUGCGAUUGAAAAUUUACAACGUUUUUGACACUAAACUCAUUGACAGUUAAGAUCACCCACACGUUGCAAAAAAUGAACCUAUCCCAUAUAUUAAGACUCCUACGUGCUUAAGUAAUCUAAACACUUUAUUUUUGGAACAUUCAUGUUAGAGGAAACAUGGAACCCCGGGUAAUUUCAAACUUUCAGAAUGUUUACUACAAUCUGCUAGUAUUGAGGAGGUUACUGGUUUUGGUAUUCCGAACUGUAAUUCAGUCCUCAUCAAAGGAGCCUUUCUCUGUUACGUAGCUAGAAGAAAUUCAAUGAAGUCUGGGGUCAUUCAUUCAUUACCCGUUGAAAAGAAGUUCAGUGUGAACUUUCUCUCUUGAUAAAAGCUGAACAAUGUAUUCUAGAACCUGCUUAGAAGUUCGUUCGGUUGUGCCGCGUGAACUUUCAAGUGUGGUUCAAUACUUUAAGUAAAGGAGCGCUGCUCAGAAUGCUACUCUUAAACUUCGUAAGCUACUUAAGCCAAAUCAUUCCCUUUCAUUCGAAGUGGUUAGUUGGGUAUUCUUGAGCGAUAGAGCGCAGUCAAUUCCUUGGAGUUUUAAAAGAACCAAUAGAUUGAAAAAACCUCGAUGUUUCACAAUGUUGACGGGAUGUUUUUCGAAUGCGCAUUCCUCGAUUCUGCAGCAGGAUUCUGGAACCUGAAUUAUGGAACUGAAUUCUAAAUCUGGAUUCUGAAAAUUAAUCCUGAAUUAAACCUGGCUUGUAAACUGGUUUCUGAGUCUAAACCGACCGAAAUGAGGUUCUUACGGUGCGCUGCCUAAAACGGUAUGUAUGAAAUUGUGGAAAUGUCCCACAAAACAUCAAAAUCAUCGUCCGAGCAUGAGAAAAGUAAAUGCCAGUCUUUAGUUUUAUCUGGAGGCUAUUGAACAUUUUAGAAAACUCUAAUUUUAGAUUAUUUCUCGUUUUUUUCAUACUACUGAAAAUUUUAUCAUUGAAUAAUGAACAUAUUGUUGAUGGUGUGAUGCAAAAACUAAGUUGUUGCGUUAAAUAUAACAAGAUAUAUUCACGAUUAUUUUUUUCCAUUCAUUAAAUGGUAAAUUUUGAAAAGUUACCCCGUAAUAAGGUAAGACGUAUUCAUGUACAAAUGAUUACCUGUUCACCAUUGUGUCAGUUCCGGAAAAUUGUGUUAUUGCUAUAAUAUAAUAAUUGAGGUAAUAAUUUUUUAAUCAAAAGGUCAGAGUUGCAAAAAUCACAGUGAUGCACAGAUUCGUCUGAAAUCGUAUGGUUUAUAAGUAUGAUGUAAUCUUAACGUUAGUUGAACUACAUUUUUAGUGACGUCAAACAGAGUGAUGAAUUCAUGUGUAAAUUGAUUAUCAGUUAUUCUUGUAUUUUUGCAUGAUGCGAGAUGUUGAAUAUAUGGCGGGACACAGAAUGUAUUCUAUUUGAAUCCUAAGGUGUCUUAUCUUGACCUUGGUUUACUGCAAAUUAUCAGGUUAGACUCGAUAGUAUUAUCCAAUGCAUUUCCUCAGUGAGUGAAAGACUUUUAAUUUCCGCCAUGUUUUUAAAAAAAUAAUAUUUAGGAUAGCUUUUAAUCUCCCUCAGUUUGAAACAUUGGAUUGAAUAGAUGAAAUGAUUGGGAAUUAAAAUAACAUUAGUAAAGAAACAAUACCAGCAUAGCAACAGUAUGUAGAUUUCUCACUGGUCAUUCAGAUACCUUGAAUCGACACACGAGGUAUCUGAAUGACCAGUGAGAAACCUUCGUAAGUAUGAUAAUCACAUAGUAAGCCCAAGUCCAAAUCUGUAGAGUUGAAACAAUUGAAGCCAUUAAAAACUAUGAUUUAUACGAGUAUUCAACAUUAUACAAUAGAAGAAAAAAACAUUAAUAUGUACAAACAUGUGUUGAAUAGACUAUUGGAAAUUAAUCGAUAAAACAAAUCUGUUCCCUGGCAGUAUUGGAAUCUAAUACCUAUCUAGAGACUUACAAAAAAUAUAUAUUUAAAUAA